CCUCAGGGCUGCUCCCGGCUGAGUUGAGGCGCCUCGCGCGGAGGUCCCGGCUCUUUCACCCCACUUAGUCGGCCUCUCCCCACCGCCGCCAUGCAGGAGCUGAUCGCCAGCGUGGACCACAUCAAGUUCGACUUGGAGAUCGCGGUGGAGCAGCAGCUGGGGGCGCAGCCGCUGCCCUUCCCGGGCAUGGACAAGUCGGGUGCUGCUGUCUGUGAUUUUUUUUUAAAGGCAGCUUGUGGGAAAGGAGGGAUGUGUCCCUUCCGGCACAUCAGUGGUGAAAAGACAGUAGUCUGUAAACACUGGUUACGAGGACUGUGCAAGAAAGGGGACCAGUGUGAAUUCUUGCAUGAGUAUGACAUGACCAAGAUGCCAGAAUGUUACUUCUAUUCAAAAUACGGAGAAUGCAGCAACAAGGAGUGUCCAUUCUUGCAUAUUGACCCAGAAUCUAAAAUCAAAGAUUGCCCUUGGUAUGACCGAGGUUUUUGUAAACAUGGUCCUCUCUGCAGACACAGACACACACGGCGUGUUAUUUGUGUGAAUUAUCUGGUAGGCUUCUGUCCAGAAGGGCCCGCGUGCAAAUUCAUGCAUCCUCGAUUCGAACUUCCCAUGGGAACUACAGAGCAACCUCCACUGCCUCCGCCAACACAGCCGCAACAAAAGCAAAGCAAUAACACGCCAUUACAAAGGUCAUCCUCUCUCAUCCAGCUGACAAAUCAGAACUCUUCUCCCAACCAGCAGAGGACUCCACAGGUCAUUGGGGUUAUGCAGUCCCAAAACAACAGCAUAGGGAACAGAGGCCCACGCCCCCUGGAGCAGGUCACCUGUUAUAAGUGUGGUGAAAAAGGACAUUAUGCCAACAGAUGUACCAAAGGACACUUGGCCUUCCUUAGUGGGCAAUGAAUCAGCAGACUUUACAGCAUUUUUAUAUAUAUAUUUGGGAGCUGAAUUAUCUCUAGUGUCAUCUUGAACUGUUGAACCACCUUUUUUUAUACCGGCACCAAAGGACUGGCCAGUGAAAGGACUACUUGGUUUGCAACUACUUUUUUUUUUUGGGGGGUAUUUCCUUGUUUUAAUUUUUAAGGCUAGAACUUAGUGCCUGCCCUUGUUCACAGAAUGUAAUGUGAAAGCAGCCUGAAGAAGCAAACUUAAUACACAAGCCUUCUAAAAUAAAACAUUUGGGAUAGGGAUUUUUGGUUCAAAACUGUGGAGCUUCUCCUUCAAAAACAUUUAGCCUGGAGGUCUUUGUUCUUUCAGCCGUCCUUGGCUAUGGCAGAAGAUGAUAAAUAUUUGCGUGUGAGCCAUUGCCCAGAUCCGCUUUGUUUUGCAUCUUUGUGCUCCUUGUCUGGGCUGAAGGCUAAUUCAAGGUGGAAUUAGCGACUCAGCUGCUUGCAGCAGUUCAUUUUGUUCAGGAGAAAGAGAGGGGGUCCACUGUGAAUUUGCCUGCAGCUAUAGCUUCUCUCUGAAGUUUUUUCCUUCUUUUUUUACUGCCAUGGUUAGCAGCUGAACAAAUGUGGGCAGAAAACUCCAAAUUAUUAAAAGUGACCUUAGGCUUAUGGGAAAACCAAAUCUUCUCUUCAUUCUGAAAGCAAUCUAAAAUGUGUGCCAGUACAAUGCAAUUUUAAUGUGCAAAACACAUUAAAAAAUUACCAAAAGUUCCCUAGGAACAAAAUGUUCUGACAUCCAAAAUUCUCAAUUAAAACCCUUUUUCUUAAAAUAGAAAACAAAAGCCUAAAUUCACCUUAGGAGUAACCUGCAGCCCUCUAUAAAAACCCAUUCUUUUAAAGACUCUGCUGCAGAACAAUAUUUUGUCAUAUCAUUGUUUCAUUUGGAAGAGAGUUAUCAAUAUGUAAUUCCACUCACAAAUCUGAAUUAUUCUGAGAAUCUGAAUUGGAGUAUAUUUUCUAGUCACUAUGGUGUACCAUAUUUCCUAUGCUCUCAGCUUUCUCCUUUACUCUUUGGAAAGUAAGCUAUAUGGAUUUGAGCCAGUAUGAUUUCCUUUAUAAUUAUAACAGCUUUAUACUGCUAACCUUUCUGUUUGUUCUCAAAAAUCAUUGUCACUGUAAACAACUAGAGAAGAUGGAUGUUCAUGAGUUAGUGCUAGUGAAGCAAACCCUUCAAACGACAAAGGCAGCAAAAUGGCAAAGAAUCAGCCUUAAAAAAAAAAGCUUUCGGGUAUUGUUCAAAGCUUGGCAUUUUUCAUCAAGAGAAAAAAGAGACAACUGUACAAUUUCAAAAAAGAUACAUACUAAGUGUGUUUAAUAU